AUGAUCCAAAACAAAGCUUUCAUCUACAAAUCCAUCCCCAACGGCUGGCCGGUUCCGGGUAAAGACCUGACAGUGGAAGACAUUGGCUUUGACGAGUCGGCUGCUCCGCCCAAGAAUGGUUUUACGACCCAAAACCUCUACGCGGCAUUUGACCCCAGCCAGCGCGGGAGAAUGCGAGAUCCUAGCAUCCGCUCGUACUCCGCAGCCAUGUCGACCGGCAAGCCCGUCGUCUCGGUCAGUGUGAUUGGCAAAGUCCUCAAGAGCGACAACGAGAAGAUCAAAGAAGGUGCCAUCGUGAUGGUAACCGGCCACUACACAGAAUCCUACUCGGCCAUCGACGAGGCAGGCGUCGCCAGGACCCAGAUCCUCGAGCCCAAGGUAGGUGUCCCCUUGACCGCAUACCUGGGUCUGCUCGGUAUGACUGGAAUGACCGCGUACGGCUCGUUGCAUGAAAUCGGUCAGCCUAAGCCCGGAGAUGUCAUUCUGGUUUCUGCCGCUGCUGGUGCCGUGGGACAAAUGGUGGGCCAAAUCGCCGUACGAGAAGGUCUCCACGUCAUCGGCUCCGUCGGUGACGACAGGAAACUCGAUUUCAUCAUCAAAGAACUCGGCUUCACAUCGGGCUUCAACUACAAAACCGAGAACAUCGCCGACGCCGUCAAACGACUGGCCCCGAAUGGAAUUGAUAUCUACUACGACAACGUGGGCGGCGAACUCCUAGACGUCGCCCUUGCCAACAUGAAAGAUUUCGGCCGCAUCGUGGCCUGCGGCUCGAUCUCGACGUACAACAACUCCAGCACCACCAACCCGUACGGGAUCAAGAACUAUAGUUCCGUCGUCCGCAAACGGCUGCGCUGGCAAGGCUUUAUCGUGUCUGAUCCGAACAUCAUACGUUGGCGCGCGGAGCGCGACGAGAACGUUUCCAAGUGGAUCGCAGACGGCAGUUUCAAGAGCAUCGACUAUGUUACGGCGGGUAUGGAUAAUGCCGUCGAUGGGUUCCUGGGUAUGCUUGAAGGGAAGAAUCUGGGUAAGAGUGUUUUGAAAAUUGCAGACCCUUAG